UCAGUCUGGGCGACUCUGCGCGACUCUCUGCAUGGCUGUUCAAGGCAACGGAGCGGGGGCCUCGGUGGGGCUGGCGCGGCUGCUGGCGCUAAUGCUCCUGGCCCAGGCUGAACUCGGGAGAGCCCAGGAAGUCACUGACCCUGGCGUGGAGAUCUUGUCCCAGGUGGCUUUUGUCCAGAAGACGCGCCUGAACACCAGCACCAGCUCUGAGUUCAUGUUCGAGUUCAACGACGAUGAGAUUUUCCACGUGGACCUGGAGCAGAGGGAGACCAUCUGGCGCCUGCCCGAGUUCGGGCGCUUCACCAGCUUCCAAGCCGAGGGAGCCCAAGGGAACAUCGCUGUCUUGCAGACCAACUUGGACAUCCUGAUGAAGAGAUCCAACUUCACGCCCGCCACUAAUG